UUUAGAUCGAUGAUCUUAAACUUUAUGAAGUUAAUUUGUAUCUGUAAACAAAUUCGCAUUGUACAAAAGGGGCCCAUUUUUUCAUUGAAAAAACCAAGAACCGGAGGCAGCGAGUUAUAUUAACAUGUCAUAUCAAGUUAAUUAUCUGCCACGAUCAGAUCCUCCAAUUAAUGAUGUCUUCAUCGUCUUAUUGUUGGGCGCCUAAUUUGCUGCUCCUCCUAACCAUCUCCUCACAUUUUGCUUUUGCAACUCCCUCCAGCUAUAUUCCUCCACUGCGAACAGUUUCAGAGAGUUUCCGACAUGUGCGAGUUAACUACGACUUCCUUCCGAGUGACGUCCAUACUUUCUUCUUCAACCAGACGCUCGAUCACUUCAGCUUCAGGCCCGAGAGCUACACGACUUUCAGGCAAAAGUAUGUCAUCAACUUCAAGUACUGGGGUGGUGCAAAUUCCAGUGCGCCAAUCUUCGCCUAUCUUGGGGAAGAAGCCCCAAUCAGCAGUGAUAUCCCGAUUAUCGGGUUUCUCCCAGACAAUGCGCCUCAGUUCAAGGCUCUCAUAGUAUAUAUAGAGCAUCGGUUUUAUGGGGAAUCAAUCCCGUAUGGAUUAAGUCUAGAAGAAGCGCUGGAGAGUCCUGAGACUCGUGGGUACUUCAGCUCGGCUCAGGCAUUGGCCGAUUACGCGGAGAUCCUUAUACACAUUAAGGGGAAACUGCACGCCAAAAAUUCACCAAUUAUAGUCAUGGGGGGAUCAUAUGGAGGAAUGCUUGCUUCAUGGUUUCGGCUAAAGUAUCCGCAUAUCGCCUAUGGAGCUUUGGCCUCAUCAGCACCGAUCCUGCUCCUCAACAACUUUGUUCCGCAUUUUGGUUAUUAUUCGAUUGUCAGCAAGGAUUUUCGGGAAACUAGCGAGACAUGCUAUCAGACCAUAAAAGAGUCGUGGUCGGAAAUUGACCGAGUCGCCUCUGAACCAAAUGGGCUCUCGGAACUGAGCAAGAUAUUCAAUACUUGCAAGCCAUUGCAAGAUGUUAAUGAGCUAAAACGGUACUUAGAGUACGAAUAUGCAUCAUCGGCUCAGUAUAAUGAUCCACAUACAAAGCCUGUGGCUCACAUUUGCGAUGGAAUCAAUAACUCUAAUGGAAGCUCAAGUGUGCUGAGCAAAGUGUUCUCGGGAUUAGUUGCCCUCAAGAGAAAUCAAUCGUCAAUGCCCGUCCCACCUUGCUUCGUUAACCCCCCAGUUAAUAUAUCUCAGACCAUCAUAGGAUGGGACUGGCAGGAAUGCAGCGAGAUCGUAUAUGCACUAGCCCGCUCCAAUGAUACCAUGUUCGAACCUUAUGUUCCCUCGCUGCAAAGCUACAUUGAUGGCUGCAAUGCCUCAUAUGGCGUCGUUCCUCGGCCACACUGGAUCCCUACGUCUUUUGGAGGUCAGGACAUGGAAUCGGUCCUCCGUCAUUUCACCAGCAAUAUUAUAUUCUCGAAUGGGCUAGUGGAUCCUUAUAGCAAUGGCGGGGUACUCGAGGACCUCUCAAGAACUGUUCGUGCUGUGUAUACUGUUCAUGGAUCUCAUUGUUUGGAUUUACUUCCAUCAGUGAAAGGCGAUCCGUAUUGGUUAGUGAACCAAAGGAAGACUGAGGUCGGGAUAAUAAGAAGAUGGAUCAAUAAGUAUUAUGCCGAGCUUAAGACGCUACGUGAUGCAUAAUAAUCCCGGUCAGCGCACAAGAAGUUAUCUUUCCGCACGGGAGUAAAGAUCUCAUUUGAUUGCUUCUUAAUUUCGAAUGCCAAAUCAAUAAUAAAAACUUCAUCUGGUCCAUCACUUUAUCCUUACCGAGCAGCCGGCAGUUUUGAAUCCGUAACCUCUCUGUUCUUUCUUAAUCAAAUGUCCGGACUCCUAAUUCCACU